CUUUGAAGACAAGUUCGUAACCAAGUUCUUGGAAAAUCUCAGCAAAUCUUCAGCGGAGAAAAUCAAAGUAAUUUGUUUGCACAAUGCCUAUAGCGACUACGACUACGACGACUUACCGAUUCAUGCAUUCGAUACCGUCUUAACAAAGUUUACAAACCUUCAGUCACUAACAAUUGAGUAUCUCAGCGAAGCCCUACUACAAAACCUAUCAAAGAGUCUGGGGACAAACUUCAAAUAUUUUUUUAUAACUGUCAGUUACUUAGAAGGAAACAUACGCGGAAUGGCAUGGAGGGCUCUUAUAGAAUCCUGUCCUGACGUCAAGGUGUCACUAAAUGUGUCCAACUACAUAGAUUGUGGUCUUUUGUCCCCACACAUACCUUUGGUCAGCAUUACGGUACGGUUCAACGGCCAGUCUAAGACCGGGGAUCAGUUUUCCCUUGACAACAUUGCCACCCUGUACCGCCACACACUGGAAGAGCUACACAUUGGACAUUAUAAAAUGGAGGGAAAUUUGACAGAGGAAUUUCUGGCACAGCUGGAGUCUUUUGAAAGAUUACGGACGUUUUCGAUGUCCAUGACCAUAAAAACAAAACAAAACAUCAUGUUUUUAAGGUCUUUUAAAGAAAUUGUGAAAAAUCAAAACAAUUUGAGGGAUGUCACCAUAAAGUAUCACGGCAGGCGGACGAUCAAUUCUGGAGUACUCCGUGAAAUGGACAGUCUUAAGGAAGACUUGAAAGAAUUUGUGGAUCGUGGCUUGGUGCUAAAGUUCAUCCUUCCAACGAGAGAUGAGUAAAUGUAUUAGUUCUACAAAGUUGGUACGAAUACAAUGGAUGAAUUAGCUAGUUUAAAUAUUUAUAAUGUUUGACGUAACUGUGUUUCACUCCUAAGUUCUUGAGAUGUGCAGUUUUAAUUAUGGUAAUAUUGUUUCACCUCCUUCACAUACAG